ACAGGGGGUGGCCGCUGCGCCGCAAAACACGGCGCUGCAAGCAUGAGCAUCAGCAGUACGAUCAAUCAGAUCACUCGCAAUGCCCGGGCGGCGGUAGGGCAAAUCGGCGGUGGUUCGGAUUCUCGCUUCUUCCACAAUACCAGCAAGAAGGGCGAAACCCAUGAGCUCCGCGAAGAGCUUCAAUCUCAAAACAAAGAUAAGAAACGUGACGCGGUCAAGAAGGUCAUUGCCAACAUGACCGUUGGCAAGGACGUGUCCAUGCUCUUCACGGACGUGGUAAACUGCAUUCAAACGGCCAAUGUGGAGCUUAAAAAACUUGUGUAUUUGUACAUCAUCAACUACGCCAAAAGCAACCCGGACCUGGCCCUCCUCGCCGUCAACACCUUUUGCAAGGACGCGAACGACGCCAAUCCGCUCAUCCGCGCCCUGGCCGUGCGUACCAUGGGCUGCAUCCGCGUGGACCGGAUCGUCGAGUACCUGUGCGAGCCCCUAGCCCGGGCCCUGCGGGACGACGACCCCUAUGUGCGGAAGACGGCGGCCGUGUGCGUGGCCAAGCUCUACGAUAUCAGCCCCGACAUGGUGGAGGAUCGAGGGUUUUUAGACGUGCUCAGGGACCUGAUUUGCGACUCCAACCCCACGGUCGUGGCGAACGCCGUGGCCGCGCUCUCCGAGAUCCAGGAGACGUCCGGGCAAGACGUGACCUUGAUCACGGGCUCCGUCCUGCAGAAGCUCCUGGCGGCGCUGAAUGAGUGCACGGAGUGGGGCCAGGUCUACAUUCUUGACGCCCUCUCCCGGUACCAGCCCGCGGACGAGGUGGAGUCUGAGGGGAUCGUUGAGCGGGUCACCCCCCGGCUCCAGCACGCGAACUCGGCCGUGGUCAUGAGUGCCGUCAAAGUCGUGCUCGGGUACAUGGAGCUCUGCAAUCCCGACGUGGUCCGCACGCUCACCCGCAAACUCGCGCCUCCCCUGGUAACGCUCUUGAACUCGGAGCCGGAGAUCCAGUACGUAGCGCUGAGGAACAUCAACCUAAUCGUGCAGAAGCGGUCGGCGAUCUUAGAGCACGAGAUCAAGGUCUUCUUCUGCAAGUACAACGACCCCAUCUACGUGAAAAUGGAGAAGCUCGAAAUCAUCAUCCGCCUGGCCUCGGACCGCAACGCGGAGCAAGUGCUCUUGGAGCUGAAGGAGUACGCGCAGGAGGUGGACGUGGACUUUGUCCGUCGCGCGGUCCGGGCCAUCGGACGCACCGCGAUCAAGCUGGAACGGGCGGCCGAGAGGUGCAUCAACGUGCUGCUGGAGCUGAUCCAGACGAAAGUGAACUAUGUGGUGCAGGAGGCGAUCAUCGUCAUCAAGGACAUCUUCCGCCGGUACCCGAACCGGUACGAGCAGGUGAUCGCGGCCCUGUGCGAGAAUUUGGAGACGCUGGACGAGCCGGAGGCCAAGGCGAGCAUGAUCUGGAUCAUUGGCGAGUACGCGGACCGGAUUGAGAACGCGGACGAGCUUUUGGAUUCCUUCUUUCUCGACUCGUUCCUGGAGGAGACGCCGCAGGUGCAGCUGCAGCUUCUUACGGCCACCGUGAAGAUCUUUUUGAAGCAGCCCGCGGAGACACAGGCGCUGGUCCAGCGGGUCCUGAACAUGGCCACGGAGGGCACCGACAAUCCAGACUUGCGGGAUCGGGGGUUCAUCUACUGGCGCCUGCUUUCCCACAGCCCCCAGGUGGCGCGUGCGGUGGUGCUGGGGGAGAAGCCGACCAUCGCGGACGACACCUUCGCCCUCGAACCGGCGCUGCUGGACCAACUCAUUCAUCAGCUGGCUACCUUGUCCUCCAUCUACCACAAGCCGCCCGAAGCCUUCGUGGUUCGAAUGGCGGUGCCGGUGGGACACGUGAGCGGGGGGGUGGGGGAGGAAUACGACGACGACUUGGAGUACCUGGAGGGGGAGAUCGGUGCCAUCGGCGCGGCCAAGGGCCCUUCCAAGCAGGCGGCUGGGAGCGGGAACGGGGGAGGCCCGGGAGGGGAGGUGGACUUGCUGGACCUCGGGGGGGUUGACGAGGCGCCUCCUGCGACGACGGGAGGGAAAGACGGAGGCCUCGAUGACUUCUUAGGCGGGGGGGACAGCAACGGCGGCGGAACAGCCGGGAGCAGCCAGGCCAACACGCAAGUGGACAGGCCCCUCGUGUGUACACCGGAGCAAGGCGGGGGUAUCGGCAUCCGAGCGGCCUUGCGGCAGGAGGGCGGGGGCAUUUUUUGCGACAUGACCUUCCAAAACACAGGACCCACCCCCCUUCAGGUGCUGGCGAUCAAGUUCAACGUCAACACCUUCGGGAUCACGCCUGUCUCCCCUCAGAUUGCCUUCCCAGCCCCUGUUCCCCAAGGUGGCGCGACGAAUUACGUUCUACCCCUCACCUUUGCGCCAUCCAUGGUGGCUUCAGGAGCUCCACCGUCGCUGCAACUGCAGACGGCCGUUAAAAACAUGGCCUCGGGCCACGUCUUCUACUUUGCUAUCCCUUACGACCUGAGUGUGCUCUUUGCGGCGUCCGGACAGACGGAUCGGGCAGGCUUCAUUCCAGCUUGGAAAGCCAUAGACGACGCGAAUGAGGUGACAACAUUGGCAGGGAGCCUUCCCCCUGCCUUCAGCUCGCCCGACGCAGUUGUUUCUAAGCUUGGCUCUCGCCACGUAGCCUUUGUAGCCCGUCGCCCUGUGCCAGGGACAACCCAAGAGAGCUUAUACUUUUCGGCUGUAACAGUGACGACGCCGCCGGUGCACUUCUUGGUGGAAAUAACGCUGCAAGCCGGGGUGGCAAGUGCCAAGCUGGCAGUCAAAGAUAUAAUGUUUCUGCAAUGCUUCGACGAGGAGACAUGAGUAGUUACCGAAGAUUCGGAGAGGUGGUACAGGACAUGGGGGACAGCAGCAUCAAGGUCGCUGGCUGCGCCAUGCCGCUGAGCCUGCAAGUAAACAACAGCCAACGUAAGGCAAAUUUCUCCCUAGGUAUUUCGGUCAGAACAGGGUUAGGUGAUUCAGAGGAAUGGGUUACGGGAGCGACGACGUUUGCGCCCGGAGCUCAAGUAAACAUAACAGUGCCUAUUGUCCCAUGUCGCGAGAUGGUACACGCAUUGAUCAUGCGUGUGAUAAAUGCAUCAGAAGCGCUGAUAUUGGACGGGAUAUCUAGCAAUGUGAAAGGUACCUGGCGGAAAGGCGCUCAGCGGGAGAAGCAAUUCCGUGUCGACGCUUUUAAGACGUUGGUCGAUUUGGAGGCAGGACCUUUUUAGGCAUCGGAAGUCGAGCCCGUUGGCAUUGAAAGAUAUGUGAAGCAGGAACAUGUUUGAAGGGGGUUGAUGGGUGGGGAACAGGUCAGAGUUCAGGUGGAUUAGAUUAGUCAGGGCACAGGCCACAAUCGCAAAAGCACUGCCAUGCAUGGAACAAGCCAGCAGUUAGGUAGGCUUGGAAAGAGUUUUCUUGUUUCGAAACUGUAGACGGUAUUCUAUUAACAGUUACAGUAAUUUUUGAACAGUAAAACGUGACCCCUUGUGAAAUUCCGACAUCGAAAUGGACGCAUUUAAUUCAUCGCUCUUUGCAAAUUGCGACACCCUAGGGGUUUCGCUGGGCUGCCAGACUCUGUACUUCUGGUAAGAAAGCUGACUUAGGUCUGAACAAACAUCUGACGGCAAUCUCUGCUUUCAGGUUACGAAGGCGCUUGAAAAUGAACACGAAACACGCAUGCUGAAUAGGCGAUGUAGCAGUUCAACUGAGUUCUUCG